AGUUCCAAGAUGAUUACUCUUUAUGAUUAUCCCUUGUCAGGAAAUUGUUACAAGGUAGUGUCAAUCGAGUCCCUUGAGAUUAUCUCUCUGAUGCUUUUGAUUUUAUCGAGAUUUUUAUUUUUUACACUGAACCUUGUG